AUGUCCGCCCUCAAAGAAUAUCUUGGAAAGAAAGUGCGUGUUGUCACGACGGACGCUCGUCUUUUUGAGGGGACGCUCAGCAGUUUUGACCACUCGACCAACGUGAUAUUAUCUGACACAAUAGAACGGAUCAUAUAUCCAAAUGAAGAAAACCAGAUGCUACUGCUAGGUGUGUAUUUGCUUCGAGGAGGUAGUGUGGUAUGUGUGGGGGAAGUUGAUGAGCUUGCAGAUAUCGAUUGGAUGACUAUUAAUGGUGAAGAGCUAAAGGGAACAAAAAACCCACUAUGA